AUAUUCGUCCGUGGGCGAGAUGGCCAAGUGGUUAUAGAGCGUGAAUUUACUGACCAGAAGAUACGUGGUUCGAACCCGACCUCUGCCUCUCGACCUCCUCUGUCUAGGCUUGGGCAACCUGGCAGUAUCCCAGCCCUCGUGCAACCUUCAGUUGGCAUGGCAGUUAGGCACCGAAUGGGUGCGACAGCUGACCAAUAUUCAUCCAUAUUCGAGAGCUGUUCACGUACACUGGAUUUGCUGUGGCCCUGGUGUAUUCCCCGGGCUACGCUUUUAUUGGUCACUAAAGCCCACCAAUGCGAAUUGCCAGUCGUAGCCUCAAUCGGCCCGAUCGGAGCCGUUGACCAAUGGCCAACCGGCGCAUUGAUGACAAACGAGUGCGAUUUGACGACUACGUUCACUGUAGAUUGGGUCACGCGGUUAGUUGAAUCAAUCUGGGUGCUCUCGCUAAACGUGCAGUUGUCACGUUCAGCUGUAGCACCCAUCCGGUGCCUAGCUGCCAUGCCACACGAAGGAGGUACAAGGGCUAGGAUACUGUCAGGUUGCCUAAGCCUAGACAGGGGAAGUCGAGAGGCAGAGGUCGGGUUCGAACCACGGACCUUCUGGUCAGUAAAUUCGCGCGCUAACCAGUUGAGUCAUCUCGCAGUUGUCACGCAGAUACGAAAGAUCAGAAAUUCGAACAGGUUAACAACAGCUGUCAUUUCCGAUGAAAAUGACAGCGAACGGAAACCUUACCUGCAAUGCACUAUUCAUAAGCUUACUGAAAAUUCAUCAACAGCCCACGACCGGUUUCACCCUUCUUGGGGCUCAUCAGAUAGGCGCAGUCCCCGAGUUUCCGUCAACCUUAUGUUCUACUUGGAACCAAAUUGCAUGAAAUUAGAGAAUAUACAC